GAGCUGAGUGGAGGAUAUCUGUAGUUGUGCACACAUUUGAGCAUAGGCUAUACCACGAAUUGUGGCUCUCUCUCCAAGGAAGCUAAAUUGGAGGACGAGGGCGUGUUGGUUUUCACUGAGCAUUCAGUUUUCAUUUUCUGCAGUCUUGGUAAGAGAACGGAAUAUAUUAGGGUCUAUUUCAAGGACUCGAGCAGCAUGUCGGAGUUUCUGGUAAAUCUACUCGGGGAGCGGCUCGUCAACAGCGAGAAAGCAGAGGUGGAUGUACAGGCGCUGGGUAGCAAGCUGUCCCUGGUCGGGCUCUUCUUCGGCUGCAGUUUAAACGGCCCCUGUAAGCAGUUCAACGCCAGUCUGUGUGAGUUUUAUAACAAGUUCAAAAAAUCAUCUGAACAUAAAGACAAAUUGGAAAUCGUCUUCGUCUCAUCUGAUCAGGACCAGAAACAUUGGCAAGACUUUUUACAGGAGAUGCAAUGGCCGGCAUUGCCUUUCAAAGAUAGACACAAAAAGAUGAAGCUGUGGAACAAGUACAAGGUGACCAGUAUUCCCUCGCUGGUGUUUGUGGAUGCAGCCACAGGGAAGGUGGUGUGUCGGAACGGACUACUGGUGGUGAGAGAUGACCCCAAAGGCCUGGAGUUCCCCUGGGGGCCCAAGCCCUUUGCGGAGGUGGUGGCCGGCCCUCUGCUCAGGAACAACAGGCAGACGACAGACAUCAACUCCCUGGAGGGCCACUAUGUGGGAGUGUACUUCUCAGCACACUGGUGCCCUCCAUGCCGCAGUCUGACCCGGGUGCUGGUAGAAUCAUUUCGCACUGUGAAGGAAUCGGGUCAGAAGUUUGAGAUAGUGUUCGUCAGCGCUGACAGGUCGGAGGAGUCCUUUCAGCAGUACUUCAGUGAGAUGCCUUGGUUGGCAGUCCCAUACUCAGACGAGGCCCGACGAUCACGACUCAACAGACUCUUCGGAAUACAAGGUAUUCCCACCCUUAUUCUGCUGGAUGCGGAGGGUCACAUGAUCACGCGACAGGGCCGUGUGGAGGUGCUGAAUGACCCAGAGUGUCGGCUCUUCCCCUGGCACCCCCGGCCCGUACUGGAGCUCAGCGAGUCCAACGCUGUGCAGCUCCACGAGGGGCCCUGCCUCGUGCUCUUUGUGGAUGCGGAGGAGGAGGGAGAGCUGGAGCCGGCAAAGGAGCUGAUCCAGCCAAUCGCAGAGAAGAUCAUGGCUAAGUACAAAGCCAAGGAGGAGGAGACACCACUGCUCUUCUUCGUGGCUGGAGAGGAUGACAUGAGUGACUCCCUGCGUGACUACACCAACCUCCCAGAGGCAGCGCCCCUGCUCACCAUCCUGGACAUGUCUGCCCGGGCCAAGUAUGUUAAGGACGUGGAGGAGAUCACACAGGCCGUGGUGGAGACCUUUGUCCAAGACUUCCUGGCUGAGAAGCUCAAACCAGAGCCCAUCUAGAGAGCACACUUAGGGUGUAUCCCAAAUGGCACCCUAUUCCCUACAUAGUGCACUACUUUUGACCAGGGCCCAUACUCCUGGUCAAAAGCAGUGCACUAUAUAGGGAAUAGGGUGCCAUUUGGGACACACACCUAGGAACCUGCGGGACUGAAACCCACACCUCCAUCAAACCCUGACCUCCCGGCUACCACCACCAGCCUCCUCUCCCGUCUCCCCCCUUUGUCAGACUGUCAGAGAAAGGUCUCACUUUUUACUGACAUUAACCUUUUUUAGACAUGUCUUUCUCUCAUGGAGUCUUCUUCUCCUGUGGUGCCUUGCAUUGACUAUAGCCCCUACAGUAAUAUAUGGAGAUUCUGUUGCUUUUUGGCUUCCAAUAGCUUAUUUUUUUAUCAGUUUCAUUAUUAGUAUGUCUUGAUACUAGAAGAAACCACACAAUGUUGACCCAAUGGACUUGACAUUUCACAAUGUCUCUUUAGUACCUUUGUUGAACCCUCAUUGCUUUUGUUUUCCAAAAUGUGCUGAGAAAGAAUAAAAUGAUUGCAACAAAUUUUCUAAGUUCUGUAGUUGUAAUUUACAAGUAUGCAGUGAAGAAAAUGUCCUGAACUUCAGUUGAAUGUAACGGUCUGGUCUGUCUCAUUGUUCUUCUCUGUUUAAGGUGCUGAAUAAUAGUAUGACCGCUGUGCAUACAGUAUAGACCUAACAAUGUUAUGAUUUCCCUGUUUUAAAAGGUCAUUUUGUCUGUAUUUGCUUGUUUUGUAUUGCAUCUGGCUUUGUGUGUUAUGGGAUUUCAAAUACUAUUCACUUGUCUUGUUCUAUCAUGAAAUGAGUGAUAGUCAUCUCUACCCAAUUGUUAUGUUACCAUCUCAACCACCAUGACAUUUAAGAGGAUUUUCUGUGAAGAUCCCUUCUUGAAAAGGCCAGAUAUUUUUGAAGGCACGAAAAUGGCAUUAAAAUCCAUCUUAGUUGCUAAGUGUUGGAGGUAUGAAUUCACAUUUGUCACUCCCUGGUUGGCUCUAGUCAUGACUUCACAGCCAUUAAAAUUCACUAUUAAGCGCAACUGUC